GAAAUGAAGGAUCAAAACUACUCCGAAGAAGUUACAAAAAUACUGGAGGAGGCCCCCUCCGCUCGCAAAGCACUUUUAGACAACUAUAACAAUUUAUACAAAGUAGCGGAGUACUGCGAGAGCAACUACCUGCAGGCUGGAAAUGACACCACCAAAGCCCUGGAGGAGACCAAGGCCUUCACCACCCAGUCCUUGGCUAGUGUGGCCUAUCAGAUCAGCUCUAUGGCCACCAAUGUGCUCAAGCUUCUGGAUGCACAGACCCUGCAGCUCCGCAAGAUAGAGUCCUCCAUCAACCAGAUCGGACAGACCGUGGACAUGCACAGGGAGAAGGUGGCCCGCAGAGAGAUCGGCGCUUUCACAGUUGCCAAGAGGGUUCCACGCAGUCAUAAGGUUGUCCCUCCAGCAAAAAAUAAAGAAGCCAAGAUCAAGUACUCCCGCACACCCAUCUCUUUCUCUAGCCUGGACUCAGUCGGCCAUGGCGUGAAGGAUUCUGGUCAGCCGCAGGUAAAAACAGCUACCAUGACACGGAGCAGCAGCACACUGAGUCGAAGCAGCCGUCCACCUGAGCCUGUCCAGUGUCCUGUGGCACCCACUCUCUCUCAUGGAGCGUCCCUCACCUCGCUCAAUGACAAGUCUAUUGCUUCAAGUUUUGGUAAAGCCGUGCCGCCUCCUGUGGUGCCCAGCUGGCCCACCAGUCCUGAGGUUGACAUCAUUGACACGCUGCUGGGUGAAGGGCCUCCUCCACCACCCCCACCGAUGGAGGCAGAGGGCGAACAGGAGCAUGGGCUGGAGACCGGUCCACCCCCACCUCCACCACCUCCUCCCCUCGACUGCACCAACAUCCCCCCGCCCCCUCCUAUGGCCACCUCAGUGAAUGCACCUGAUCCCAGCAGCCUCAUGGCCAUACCACCUCCUCCACCAGCUCCACCUCUUGAAACAGUGGCUGAGGAGAAUGGAUUUCCUCUACCAGAAGCUCCCAUUGACAUGCCCCCUCCACCAGCCCCUGAUGGCCUUGAUCUUCCAGCCCCACUGCCUCCGCCGUGUGACCACAACUUUGAAGCUCCUCGCUCUCGCCGCUCACGGGUGCGACGUCAUCCUCCUAGCUCUCGCUCGCUGUCUCUGAGGGUUCGCAUGGGCCCCAGCGCUCGCUCGCUGUACACACGCUCGCUUUUUCUGCCUUCUGCUCAAUCAUUCAUGAUACCCCCACCCCCUCCAUACCCGCCUCCCCUGGCUCCGCCGGUUUCGUUCAGCCCGUUGUGCAGGAUCCCUGCCCGCCUGGAGCACCUGGACCUUGAGAUUCCAGCACCGCCACCACUAGACAGUUACGACAACUUUGAAGAGAUGCCCCCUCUACCUCCUCCCAUUGAUUAUGACAUAACUGCACCAGCAGACUAUUUGGAUAAAGUGGUGGCACUAUAUAACUACAACACAGGCAAGCCGGGCGACCUGGUGUUUCAGGAGAGCGAUAUCAUCUACCUCACCAGCAGGAAUGAGGAUGGCUGGUGUGAGGGCUUUCUCAAUGGAGUUAAGGGAUUUUUUCCUGGCAACUAUGUAGAGUCCACCGCUUAACUGGCCAUUAGAAGCCAGAACGCAAGUGAAUGAAGUAUCGAGGCCGAAGGAACCUUUCAUUUCAAUUUCUAUAGUAAAACAGUAAAGUCCGCUGUAUAAAUGAAACUGCAGAAAUGUUUUUAUACUAUGGUGACCUUUUAAAACGUUUUAAAUGGAAUUAACAUGCUGCAUGCUUAAACCAGCAGAGAUGAGUUUGUGUUUUUAAGUUGACUUUAGUCUUCAAUGAUGAUGAUGAUGAUGAUGAUGAUCAUAAUUGAUCUCUCAGGACUUUUAAGUUACAUUUCGUAAUGUACAACAUAUUAAGAAACAUUUUUGUACAUUUAGUUGUAUUUGAUAAGUUAAGCUCACAAAGUCGUGUUAAAUAGUGGAUGUUUAGUGGUUAAUUCUCUAAGCAUAUUUUCAUGGUUUGUUGGAAUAGGCAAUUGUGCAAAGUGAACAUUGAAGUAAUAUAUAAUAAUAGAUAUGUGUAAUAUAUUAUAAUGCAGUUUCCUAAUUAAAAGCCUUUUAUUAGUUAUGCUAAAUUACAUUUAAUUGAUACAAUUUUCUUGAUUCCCUUGCAAGUAAAAUACAGUAUUUUCCAAAACAUUUUAUGCUGUUUAGUGAAUUAAAUGUUAUGCACGACACAUUGGCCCAAUUCACAAUUUCAAUGUUUUAUGAUACCAAGUUAGCAUUUACAGUCCACAGAAUCAAUAAACUGUUGAAGGUAAUGUCUAGGAA